AUGUCCUCCAUUGUCUACACGACGGCGAAGAAGACGGGUUUAGCUGCUGCUGUAUCCGUUCUUGCUUCGGACAUCACCAUCACAUAUUUCGCCGUGGGUGCUCGUCGGCUUUCCACUGCUGUACGCCAGCUCACUGGGACAGUCACUGUGAAGACAAGCUUCAGGAUAAAGGUUGCGGACGUGAGCACGGCCGCUACCCUCUCCACCAGGAUUGCUGGGGCUUCUGCUGCUAUUAAAGCCCAGACUAACAGCGCCAUGGCUGCUGCUGACUGGAGCGGUGAAUCAGUAAUCACAGUUGCUCCUACGAUGACGGAUCCUGUUGUGGCCAACCCGUCUGUGGUGGUGGGAUUCUCGACGCCUGCGCCGACCCCAGCAGGCAGCAGUAGCGCGGGCAGCGCCGUGACUUGCGCCAAGCACCAGUGGUUUGACGCGCGCCGCAAUGCGUGCGAAUCCUGCCCAGACGGAGUGGAGCCGAGCUCCGACAAGAUUGAUUGCGAACGCUACGAGGAGACCGUGUGGGGCACGACGGAGCUCCAGCUUACCCUGAUCGGGACCGUCGGUGGGAUGUUCGCCACUGGGCUCACCGCAAUGUCGACGUGGCAGGCGGUGCAAUGUGUGCGGCGCCAUCUGGCUCGGGGGCAGGGAUGA